GUCACUGAGAAAGAAGGUCAGCCACGAGAGGACAGUGAGCAGCCCGGCGUCACUCUGCGGGCAAGAUGUGGGCUUUCCGGGUCUUUCCGAUAUUCAUACUGUUCACCUGGGUGCUGUCGCUGCUCAGCUGCUUUAAGUUUGGAGGAAAUUCUACAAAGAAGACUAAAAAUAGGUUCUUUGAAGUAGCGAGAAAGAAGCGGUUGUCAGAAUCCGUGUCUCUGAAUGAAGUUAACCUGCAGAACAGCGAAGUCAGUGACCAGCCUCUGGAAAACACAUCCACUCAGGAAGUUCUGUUCAACUUUUUCUUUCCAACAACCUGCAUGAUAAAGGAGAUCCAAGAGGUAACACCUUGCAAUGAGCUGCUAAACCUUACUGAGGCUGCAUGUUCGAAAUCCAAAGGCUGUUUUUCAACAUCUCUGACCAGGAACUGUUUUGUCCCAUUAAGAGAUGAGUCUACACAGGUGGCGCGGAUAUUUGGACUUAGUGUAUUCAGCCUGUUUUUCCUGGGAUCGAUGCUCCUUUACUGCUGCUGCAGUGUUUGGGAGAGGAGCCAAUUUGUCAAUCCUUUGUGAAUGAGGAAUGACACAAUGUUGAAGAAUCUAAAGAAGGAGAAAAAGAAACUGGAGGACAGUACUGAAGUGUUAACAACAAUAGAAGAAGAACAACGGAAGAGGAAGAUGUUGAUGAAGAGGAAAAGGAAGCCAAAGCAUUGCUUUCCUGUUGAGAUGAAUGCACAACUUCCAGAGUGGAGGAGACUGUUCUAGUCAUCCAAGCCUA